GCCGAAAAAAACUGUUCCGCACCCUGUUUGUUUUGAGUCGGUGUUGUUUUUUUGCAACGAACGCGCGUGACUCUUUCGAACAAAAAUACCAAAAUAUUCAGGUGGUUCGGUGUCUUCACCAUGGAGUUCGCCGAGUUAAUCAAGACGCCGCGGGUGGACGGAGUGGUCCUUCACCGGCCCUUUAUGCCCAAAGUUGAGGGAACCCUGUGCCUUACCGGCCACCAUCUAAUCCUCUCCUCCAGACAGGACAACACGGAGGAAUUGUGGCUGCUUCACUCCAACAUUGACUCCAUAGAGAAGAGGUUUGUGGGCUCUAUCGGCAGAAUUAUAGUGAAAUGCAAAGACCUGAGAGUGAUUCAACUGGACAUUCCUGGAAUGGAGGAGUGUAUCAACAUUGCUAGCUCGACUGAGGCACUCUCGACACUUGAUUCCGUCUCCCUAAUGUACCCUUUCUUCUACCGACCCAUGUUCGAGGUCGUCCAUGACGGUUGGAAUUGCUUCCGUCCUCAAGAUGCCUUCAAAGACCUUGAGUCCAUGACAGACGAAUGGCGAUUGAGCGAAGUCAACAAGGACUUCAGUGUGUGUCCAUCCUACCCUCCGCUAGUCGCGGUACCGAAGGCUAUCAACGACGAUGCGCUAAAGGCGGCGGCGACGUUUCGUCACGGCGGCCGCUUUCCCGUGCUGAGUUACUACCAUAAGAAGAACGGCAUGGUGAUGAUGCGAGCAUCUCAGCCUCUCACCGGCACCAACGGGCGGCGCUGCAAGGAAGACGAGAAGCUCAUCAACGCCACCUUGAGGCCGGGCAAACGCGGCUACGUUAUCGACACGCGUGCUAUUAGCGUAGCCCAGCAGGCUAAAGCUAAAGGAGGAGGUUUUGAGUCUGAGGCUAACUAUCCGCAGUGGAGGAGGAUCCACAAAGCCAUUGAAAGGUUCGGCGUGCUGCAGGAGAGUCUGAUUAAACUGGUGGAAGCUUGUAACGAUCAGUCGCACAAUAUGGACCGCUGGCUUAGCAAGCUAGAGGCGUCCAAUUGGCUAGCUCACGUCAAGGAAAUCCUGACGACUGCCUGCCUGGCUGCGCAGUGCAUCGACAGGGAAGGCGCAUCGGUCCUCGUCCAUGGAACGGAAGGCACCGACUCCACCCUCCAAAUCACCUCCUUGGCGCAAAUUAUCUUGGAUCCAGGCUGCAGGACCAUCCGAGGCUUCCAGGGCCUGGUGGAGAGAGAGUGGCUACAGGCGGGUCACCCGUUCCAGCAGCGUUGCGCCCAGUCGGCCUACUCGAGCGGUAAACCCCGCCAGGAAGCUCCAGUCUUCUUGCUCUUCCUGGACUGCGUGUGGCAGAUCAUCCGGCAGUUUCCGUGUUCGUUCGAGUUUGGCGAGUCCUUCCUGGUGCUGCUUUUUGAGCAUGUCUACGCUUCCCAGUUCGGCACGUUUUUGGGAAACAGUGCCGCCGACAGGGCUAAACUUUCCGUUUCUGAGAAGACUGUCUCCUUGUGGUCGUGGGUGAAUCGUCCCCAGGAACUGGAGCGUCUGACCAACCCGCUUUACGAGGCUAACGGACUGGUCAUUUGGCCCUCGGUGGCCCCUCAGAGCCUGUUGCUGUGGGAGGGCGUGUUCCUCCGCUGGAACCGCUCGUCCAAGUGCUUGGACGAGGCCUACGAAGAAAUGGUGCACAUAAUUGAGUAUAACAAGGAGCUUCAAAACCGAGUCAACCUCCUGCGCCGGCAGCUCGCCCAGCUGGAGACUCAAGACCCGCUCCUGCAAACGCCAUAAAAGCAGGUAGAACCUGGGCGUGUGUCCUAAGUCAUUUCAAGUUUUGCAAAUUUUUUUUUUUUUACAUCACUCGCUACGGAGCCCCUAAAGGGACAUCAACAGAAAUAAAAUAAAUUUAAGCAAUCUGGUGCACACCAGAAACUAUCUAGUAGACAUUAGCAUUAUAUAGCAUUUAAGCAAGCGGACUUUUGAAAUGUAAAUUAGCCUAUUGUUGUAAACAUUAGCAUUGUAUAUAGCAUUUAAGCUAGCAGACUUUUGCCAUACAAGUUAGCCAAUUGUUGUAAACAUUAGCAUGAUAGAGCAUUUACACUUGGAACUUUUGCUACGCAAGUUAGCCAAUUGCAACAAUGCAACAAUAACAAUGAAAUGCUAAUGUUUACAACAAUUAGCUAAUUUGCAUUGCAAAUAUCUGCUAGCUUAAAUGCUAAAUAAUGCUAAGUUUUACAACACUUAGCUAACUUGCAUGGCAAAAGUCCGCUAGCUUAAAUGCUAUGUAUAAUGCUAAUGUUUAUAACAAUUGGCUAACUUGUAUAACAAAAUUCAGCUAGAUUAAAUGCUAUAUAUAAUGCUAUUGUAUACAACAAUUAGCUAAUUAGCAUUGUGAAUGUCUGCUAGCUUAAAUGGUAAAUAAUGCUGAAUUUUACAACAAUUAGCUAACUUGGAUAGCAAAGGUGCGCUAGCUUAAAUGCUAUUCAUAAUGCCAAUGUAUUCAACAAUAGACUAACUUGUAUUGCAAAAGUCUGCUAGCUUAAAUGCUAUAUAAUGCUAAUGUUGAUAACAAUUGGCUAACUCGAAUCGCAAAACUUCGCUAGCUUAAAUGCUGUAUAAUGCUAAUGUUUACAACAGUUGGCCAACUUGCAUAAUAAAAGUGAGCUAGCUUUAAUGCUAUAUAAUGCGAAUGCUUACAACAAUUUUCUAACUUGCAUCGCAAAAGUGAACUAGUUUAAGUGCUAUUUAAUUCUAAUGCUUACAACAAUUGUCUAACUUGAAUAGCAAAAGUCCGCUAGCUUAAAUGCUAUUUUUAAUGCUAAUGUUAAAACAAUUGACUAAUUUGCAUUGCAGAAGUCCGCUAGCUUAAAUGCUAUAUAAUCCUAAUGUUUACAACAAUAGGCUAACUUGCAUAGCAAAAGUCCGCUAGCUUAAAUGCUAUAUAUUGCUAAUGUUUACAAAAAUUGGCUAACUUGCGUAGCAAAUGUCAGCUAGCUUAAAUGCUAUAUAAUGCUAAUGUUCACUAGCUAGUUUCUGGAGCACACCGUACUGCUAAAUUCUAUAUAUAAGUAUAUAUAAUUUUAUUUCUGUCUAUGUCCCUUUAGGGGCUCUGUAACUCGCAGCUAGCUUUAUGUGUCUUAAAAUACAUGAACAUGUUAUAAAAAGCCAUACAUGCCUCAUAAUGCAAUGUAAGGACAACAUUUUGUGUACAUACUGUAUAGUGUAUCAUAUAUACUGCGGAACACUGCAUGGUAGCCAUGGUAACCAGUCGAGUACUAGCCGUGAGGCAUCAUCGAGGUGGCAAAAUUAGCAUAGUAAGCGUAGGUGGGGUCAGCACUUAGCAUUUCAUAUUCAAUAUAAGAUUGAGUGGAGAAUGCUUAUACAGCAGUGGAUUGGGUUUGGUUGCCGUGGUUACACAUGGUCUUCGCAGUGGGUGUUUUGAUUAUUUUGCAAAAAAAAUGCACUUUGACGGAUUGUGUUUGCAUUGCACAUGUGUAAGCAGGUUUAUAUUAUACAGUGGUGCCUUGAGAUAAGAGUUUAGCAUUGUAACUUUAACAAACCUAUUCAGUGCCAUUGACGGCGAUGUACGUUCAAUCCAUUUGAACUGGGAGGGUCAGCAGCGAUCGUUCGAUCCAGUUCAAACGGAUAUCGCAAUACACGCUAAUGUCAAUACAAUGUGAAAAGAAAUCCAAUAAAAAUGAAAAAACAUGAUAAGGAUGUUAAAAAAAAAAAUCCGAAAAUAGUGAAUAAAAACUUCACAUCAAAGUGGGAAAUUUUCACGUUGUUAUGGGAAAGCUUUCAUUUUAAAGUGAGAAACGUUUUCACGUGGAAGUUGGAACCCUUUGACGAUAACGUAGCAAACGGUUUACAAUGAAGUGGCAAAUGUUUCACGAUGAAUUGGGUAAAUUUCACGUUAAAGCGGCAAACCCCUCCCAGUUCAAAUAGAUUCGACAUCCAUUCCCGUCAAUGGCACUGAAUCAGUCAUUCACUGCAUGUUUUACCCCAAAACAGUUAUGUCAAAUUGCCAGAAAAUGCACAAACGUAAAUUGAUUGUGAUUUUGUCGCUGGUUUGGUCUGUAAACCUUUCAGAAAAUGGGCAAAAAUGUUAGCAAUUUUUUUGCAAAUUCCUAUAAAAAAACACACACAAAAAGACAACAGACUUUUGAAAAUAUUUACUGUCGAAAGGCUGAAAUCACAAAAUUUACAACUAUAGAUGCUAAUUGUUAGCUAGUCAAUGGUGUUUUCCAUCAUCACUUAGCAUUAAGCUAAUGUGUAAUCCACUCUUUUCGCUUUGCAUAUCUCUAAACUUUGACUCCAAUCUAAAAAACUCUUAAAUCAAGUCACUCCUAUCUCAAAACACCACUGUACUACACUAUAGCAUUACUCUUGAUUGUUUGUUGACCAAUUUAUGCACGAUUUCGGGAAAUAAGUGUCUGAAAUGGACGCUUUUCCGCUCUUUCUUUUGUGUCAUAAGGAGCGACUUGACUAAGUUAUUUUCAAAAGAAAAUAAAUGUUUCUUUAUAUACUAUCUUAAACUCCAAUUGUUUGUCUAUCAGGGACAAAAACACUCAUAUUGUAACACUGUCGCCAAGCAUUCCGUUUAUUUCCGUGACAUCGAAGCGAGCUUUAUUUUCAAAUGACAUGUUUAAAUACUCUCAUGCAUGACUUUUUUGGCUCAAAAAUGUUUGUUUGCUUAUUUGCGCUGAUAUGAAACAGUGGAAUUAUACAGAAUGUCCUUCUUGACUUUGUCACAGUAAAUAAAACUCUAUGGCGUUAAGAAUUUAAGACUAUUUUAGUUGUCAUUCAGUGAAUGCAAAAAGUUUACACAACCCUUGUUCAAAUGCCACAUUUAAGAAAAGUGUGUUAAUUGUUACAAGAAGUGGGUAGUAAUUCAUUACAUUUACUUCGUUAUAUUUAGUUGAGAAACCUUUGGAGAAAAAUACAGUUCUUAGAUUAGUUUUACCACACAAUACUUGAGUAGAUUUGUGAAGAAGAAACGCUACUCUUACUCCGCUACUUUGGGCUACGCUACAGUAGGCAUGUGCCGGUUCCCGGUUUCAAAGUUUACCGUGGUAUGAAAACAUCACGGUUUCAAAACGGCUAAAAUUUUCCGUUAUACCGUAGUACGGUAUUAGCUAUUUUUUGUGUCCCAAAAAUACAGUGAGAAAUCCGUGGCUUGGAGCGGCAGCGCUCACCCAGACCACUUGUUGUUGAUUGUUGGUCUUUCCUGUGUCUGUUGGUGACACUAUACCUGAGCUUUUCCCCCCCUCAAAAAGACAAAGUCGCUAGUAUGGGAGUACUUCGGCUAACGAAAAGAAACGUAUGGCCGUGGCUUAGAGGGGGAACGACGGCCAACAUGAGUUCACAUUCACGUGACCAUAUUCCGUCACUUUACGCAAAAUUUAAGGUAAGUAAAUACUCCCAUGAACAUUUCCCACCUGUUACGAGAGUUCACUCCUAUGUGUUUAGUGUGUCUAGCAAUGGUAAAAUAAAUACUAUAAUGUAAGUUUGUUAACGAGGCAGAUAACAUGGUUAGUUAGCAUGCCAAGACAGCUAACUAGUUUCUUCUCUACCAUUAGCCUACUUUUGUAAAGUCUCCCGCCAUUGUAAACAUCUGUUCAAAAUAACAUUUUCAUAAUACAGUCUGUGGUGUUUUUUCUCUUCGUCGACUUUCUGUGUUGAGAGAUGGUGGGUGUGAGUGUAUAAUGUGACAUAAUGAUACAAGUCAUACACAUACGUCUCUUACGCUCUCCGUUAAUAUUCAACUAAUUAAUAGUAGUAGUGGUAUGUGUUUUACAUAAAAUCAAUUUGAUCAUAUAUUGUUGAGUAACUUGAACUGUGGCUGUGGGUUUAAUCUAUAAUUUCUAUUCAUUUCAAUAUUAUUUAAAAGUUUUUUUUUUUGUUAUUUUAACAUUAUAUUCAUGUUGAUGUCCGAUUUUUGAAUAAGUUGUGAAAAGUAAAGCUUUUUUUAACCCAUACAUCUCAAAAUAACACAUUAUAGAGCUAUAAUUGCAAUAUUGUAAUACUGUGAAACCGUGGUAUUUCUUCUUAAGGUUAUACCUAGGGCUGUCAAACGAUUAAGAUUUUUAAUCGAGUUAAGUACAGCAUAAAAAUUAAUUAAUCGUAAUUAAUCGCAAUUCAAACCAUCUAUAAAAUAUGCCAUAUUUUCCUGUAAAUUAUUUUUGGAAUGGAAAGACAAGAUGGAUAUAUACAUUCAACACACAGUACAUAAGGACUGUAUUUGUUUAUUAUAACAAUAAAUCAACAAGAUGGCAUUUACAUUAUUAACAUUCUGUUAAAGCGAUCCAUGGAUAGAAAGACUUGUAGUUCUUAAAAGAAAAAGGUUGUACAAUUUAUAGAAAUUUUAUAUUAAAACCCCUCUUAAUGUUUUCGUUUUAAUGAAAUUUGUAAAAUUUUCAAUCAAAAAAUAAACUAGUAGCCCGCCAUUGUUGAUGUCAAUAAUUACUUACACAAUGCUCAUGGAUGGCUGAAGCCUAGAAAAUCAGUCACACCCAAGCACCAGCAGAGGGCGGCAAAACUCCAAAAAACACAAUUAACAAGUGGUGCUUCCCCGUACCGUCAUUUAAAUCUGUCUGAGCGGGUAAUCUGCGUUAAUUGCCUCAAAUAUUUUAACGUCAUUAAUUUUAAAAAUUAACGCCCGUUAACGCGAUGAUUUUGACAGCCCUAGUUAUACAGUCUAAUUUUCCGGCACAUAAUUUGUUACUUUUUCAGAAGUAAUACAGGUAGUCCCUGGGUUACGAACGAGUUCCGUCCCUACGCUAGCGACGUAAUCCAAAUUUCCACGUAAAUUGGAAUUAACACUUUAAGUACUCCGAAAUAACUCUCCUAAAAGUCCAAAAGUAUUGUAUUUUGUUCAAUGAUGGCGGAUACACUGCCCCCUGGUGGCAGCGUGGGAUCUGGUUGGACCGUCACCUUAUGACUGAGGAGCAGACUCUCAUCUAAUGACAUGGAUAAAGCACAGCUGCGCUCUGGUUUGGCCAACAUAAGGCUGUAAGUUGUUUCAGCUAAUAUUUGUUUGUGUGUGCAUUUGUAAUUAAGUUUACAGGUGCAGUUUGUGGGGUUACGUGUGAGCGAUUUGCUAUGAGAAUUGUAAAUAUGUUAGCAUUCGUAGCAUUUAGGCUAGCGGACUUUUGUUCGGCAAAUUAGGCUAACCCUAACCCUAGUUUAUUGGUACUUUAUUAAAGAAUUUAAGUGUUCCAAAAUGUUUUUCGUAAAUUAAUAAGCAUCAUCAAAAAAAUCAUUGCUAAAUUAGUAAAAAAAAAAAAAAAAAAAAAAAAUUUGAUUAGUCGUAAAAAUAGUCAGCUGACUAAUCGGGAAAAAAUUAGUCGUUUGGGACAGCCCUAGUUCUACAGUGUACCGGAACAUAUUUCCUCCACACCCUUCUCACCUUUUUAACUCCUGACCCAUUUUCAUGCCUGGCCAUGGGCUUUACACCUAUUGAUGACACUGCGCACGGUAGACACAGGAACAUUCAGGUCUUUGGAGACUUGUAGCUUUGAGAUUGCCCGUGCUUCCUCACAAUUUUGCUUCUCAGUCGUCAGACAGUUCUUUGUUCUUCUUGCUUUUCUCCAUGCUCAAUGUGGUACACACAAGGACACAGGACAGAAGUUGAGUCAACUUUAGUCCAUUUUAACUGGCUGCACCUGUAAUUUAGUUAUUGCCACCACCUGUUAUGUGCCGCAGGUAAGUAACAGGUGCUGUUAAUUACACAAAUUAGAGAAGCAUUACAUGAUUUUUCAAUGGGUGCCAAUACUUUUGUCGGGCCCAUUUUUGGAGUUUUGUGUAAAAUUAUAAUAAUUUAAUUUUUAUUUUGUGUUUUUUCAUUGCAAGCAAAAUAAAUGAAGAUACUACUACCAAAGCAUUUGUAAUUGCAAUCAUUUUCUGGGAGAAAUUGAGUAUUAUCUGACAGAAUUGCAGGGGUGCCAAUACUUUUGGCCAGCACUGUACACUAAUUUCUGGACAUGGCUGCUUUGUUUGCCUUCGAUAUGUGACGAGUAAAGUGGAGUGAACAAAACGGGCGGGAAUAAAGUCCAAGCUCGCAUGUGAGUGGUCGAACCGGCACACCCAUUUCUCUCUUAGCGGAGGAGGAAAUGAUACAAAUACAAGUUAAUAGUUAAGCUGACACACUUUUGCCCAAACAGAGUUGUAGAAACGUUUUGCGCCCUGACCUUCAUACAGCCGCUCGUAGUCUUUUAUUGCAUACGGAGGACAGACGGAUGUAAACAGCAGCAGUCACGCGGCGGGCGCACCGAGGCAGCUGAUGCUCGACUAUUUAUUCUACCGUCACCUUGUCUAAUGUAUCGGUCAUUGCAGUC